AGGCGGAGCGUCUGCACGUCUUUUGUCCACACAGCAUGCAAGCUUCACUUCACUCGUGAGGCUGUCAUGUGGAAACGCUGUGUUCUCUGAAAGUCUGAAAGCCGCAAGCACAGUUUCAUCGCUGACACAAGGACUGUGGCCUAACAGGAUUCAUCCAGCUGGGAGAUGUUUGCCACAGCCACCAGAAACUUUGUGGAUGAGGUGGACCGUGGAGGUUUGCUGAUCCCAGUGUCCAGCCUGAAUGACACUAUAGCUCUUCUGACAGUGGUGGUGAAGCGCAAGCGUUUCUGGGUUUGGCAGAAGCCCAAGUAUGUUCCCACUGAUUUUAACCUCAACGAUCUACUAACAGGAGACACACCUAUAAAGCCAGGUGUCAUAGAGACAGACUUUAUCAAAUACAAUGGGACAUAUGGUGACAAGAUCCAAGGGACUGUGGCCUCGCAGUUUGUCCACUCCAGUGUGAGCCUGGAGGGUAAAGAUUCCUCCAAACUCCAGUUAUCAUUUGACAGUCUGAAGAAAGAGGAAGUGGAUGUGCAGAAGCUGCUGCUAGACUCCAAAGACCGGGUCCUGGAUAUGUCCCAUUGUCUGGUCCAGCAGACGAAGCAGAAGCACAGACGGGUGUUUGGCAUCGUGAAGGAGCGUAUUGUGACUGCUCAGCCCUGUUCGGUCAUCGAGGAGGUGCAGAAGGGAGGAGAGUGUGGAGGAGGACUGAGCCUCUGCGGGCCUAAGAGUCCAAAGGUUGCAUUGAAGGAGAAUGGGAGCUUGAGUAAAGACAGUAACAUCAACAUGGAGAUUCCUGUCCAUACUACCAUUGCCUAUGCCCUUUUAGAGCUAGAGAUCAAACAAGAUGGACGCUACGAGCUGUGUCUGUUGUCAGACACCGAUGGAGGUUUUGAGGUAGAUGGCCCAAAGGAAGGACUGUUUGGUGUCAUCGGAGCCCCCGCCUCUGAAAAUGACCACCUUCGACAAGAGCUGGAGCAAUUGAGUGAUCAUUUCCAGCUGCUUUCAGCUCUCCCUGCCACCACAAGGUCCUCUCUGCUCCAGCAAAUCACAAAUGUGAUGAAGGACAGAGGGGCCGUCAGUUCACUUCAGCAUGUGCUGGACCAGAUGCGCCUGGAUAAGAUACCUUCCCUGAGUGAUGUCACAGCAACAGACUCCCAAAAACAGAACAUCCAAGCAAUUCUGGACCUUUUGGAGGAGUCUGGUCAAGAGAAGUCCAAACCUCUCCUCACAGCUCUUCACCUCAUCAUCAGUGCCAUGGAUGAGAUGAAAAAUGAUUGUCUUGCUGUCUUGGGAAUGUGCUGCCGCCUCACAGUGUUACCGGCUCUUGAGCUACUGGUGCAGUGCGUAACGGGCAAGGGGGAGUUACCUCGGGGCAGCGCAGGCCUGGCUGCACUGACAGAAGACGUCUAUGAAAAGACUGAACAUCUGUUUGCUUCCUCUAAUGUGUCUCUGACGAGAGAUGGGGACACUGUGAAGACAUACAUAAACCACGUGCCAGGAAACCUCGCUCUGGUCCUGUGUAUCGCUGUCAGAGGCCUCGCCUCAUUGGCCCACAGUGAUUGAACUAGAGACACCUUUAUAUCCACCAGAAACUUGAUACACUCCACUGGAAUGAGGUAAAGGGGAUCACGUAGAUCGUUUUAUUUAUUGUUAUUUUCUCUUUAUGGUGCAGUAGAAUGUCCUCUAAAACAGACAUUUUACUGCAGGGUGCUGUUGUAUAAAUAUAACUGUGAUAAAACAGUCAGUCAAUGCUUUAAGUCAAUCUUAAAAAAAAUCUGACAAUCAAUUGGUCAUAGAUUUUGGACUGUAUGACAUCACCUCAGGUUCUUGCAAAGUGUGAGGGGCCUUUUUUUUU